AUGAAUCAAACAAUUAAGCAAACUCUACGAAAGGUGGUACAGGAGACUUGUAAAGAUUGGGAUGAGACAUUACCAUUGGUGUUGGCGGCAAUUCGAAGUAGUGAUCGGUUAGGUACAGGGUACCAGCUGUACCAAAUUCUCUUCAGAGGUCCUAUGAGACUGUGGAGCCCUCUACUGUAUCCAGGAGAAGUAGAGGAAGUAUCGGUUACCCAAUGGGUUAAAGAGUUACCGACUGAAUUUAAGAAAAUGGAAUUUAGGUUAACAGAUGCAGUUGAGAAAGCAAGAGAAUAUGUGGACUCACGAGCCAUUCAAGAUACGAAAUUGUGGAACAUAGGAGAUAAGGUGAUGUAUCUGAGGCUGACACCAAAAGAUCAUGUCUUGGAAUCAAAAUGGGUUGGACCAUUUUCAAUUAUGAAUAAAAUUUCCCCCACUGUAGUGCAAAUUAAUCAGGGAAAAAAGGGGAAAUGGGUACACACCACAAUUAAAGUUAUGGCGCAAAGAUUAGAUAACCUUUUGGUUUGUUUUACAGAAAUAAAAGGGGAAUGUCCAACUGCAUUGGAGGAUAUCCCGAACAGAUCCUGGAUUGGGAGUGUGGAGGAAUGCGAAGUGAAUGAUGUGUUUCUUAAGCACAAUUUUGUACAUGAAGGACAGCCACUUGCUGUCAACUGUUCAGUAGAUAAAAUACUGAAUUUUGAAAACACAGACUACAACUUGACUUGGUACAAAACUGGUAGCCAAACAUCCGUGGCUAAAGACAAACAUUCCAGAAUUCACCAGCAAAAGAACUUCAUUUGGUUUCUCCCUGCAACUUUACACGAUUCAGGAUCCUAUGAAUGUAUUAUAAGGAAUUUAUCAAGCUGCAGAAAAAUAUAUAUGAACCUAAGAGUUUUCAAGAAUAUUUAUGGUUUAUGCUUUAAUGAAAAAUUUGCCAUUGGGGAGGAGAUACUAACAUCGUCACAUGCUAAGGUUGUAUGUCCUCAUUUGGAUUAUUUCAGAGAUGAGGAGAAUACUUUGCCCCUUCAGUGGUAUAAGGAGUGUGAGCUGCUUGAAGAGGAAAGGUUUGUCUCUUCCAAUGAUUACCUUGUGAUUAAAAAUGCAACUCUACAUGACAAAGGAAACUACACAUGCAGAACAUCAUAUACUUACAAGGGAAAACAAUAUAACAUUUCACGAGACAUUAGUCUAACUGUGACAGUGAGUCCACGGAACACACCACCAGAAAUAUUUUACCCAAGAAACAAUACCAUUGAAGUAGAACUUGGCUCACGUGUCAUAGUGGACUGCAGUGUAACAGGCGCUGAAGUGUUUCAGGUGUACUGGACAGUCAACAACACAUACAUUGAUAUAUAUUAUAAGAGUAGAAUUUUUGAAGAGGAAGAUUAUGAAGGCGAAACUUUCUGUGAUGGACACCCUCUCACUACAGUGAGACUCAACAUUUCCGAAGUCAAUAGCGAGGAUUACGAACAUCACUUUGUCUGCCAUGCUUUGAAUUCCUUUGGUCAAGUUGCAACAUAUAUAGCAAUAAAACACAGAGUUGCAGAUUUUCACAAAUCACUGACUGGAGGAUUCAUUGCAUUGCUGCUUUUAACAGUUGUUACUUUAUUAAUCUUCAAGCUUUUCAAGAUUGACAUUUUGCUUUGGUAUCGUAGUUCUUGCUGUGCUUUUUUAAAGAAAGAAGCUUCAGAUGGGAAGAUCUAUGAUGCAUACGUCAUGUAUCCAAAACCCAAUGGGGUGAGAUGUAUCUACACCCUGAACAACUUUGUUCUGAGAAUACUACCCGAGGUCUUAGAGAGCCAGUGUGGAUAUAAUCUUUUUAUACUUGGAAGGGAUGAUUUACUAGGGGAAGCUGUGGUCAAUGUUAUUGAUGAAACCAUCAAACGAAGCAGAAGACUGAUGAUAAUUUUAGAAUCAGAAGCAUUGAGUUACAAUGUGUUAGAAGAUACCUUUGAACAGCAACUGGCUGUGUACAAUGCUCUUAUCCGGGAUGAAAUAAAAAUUAUUCUGAUUGAACUAGAUAAAAUACAGGACAACACGAACAUGCCAGAAUCCAUUAAAUACAUUAAACAAAAGUAUGGGGCCAUCCAGUGGAAAGGGGACUCCACAGAGAAAUCUCACUCAGCAAAUAAAAAGUUCUGGAAAAAUGUGAGAUACCGAAUGCCACCCAGACAAACAGUGUCUUCCUUGGAUCCAAAAACUUUUCGCUAUUCUGCAGCAACAGAAAGAUGA